CUCGACAUCUGUCGAACUGUUCUGUUCCACACACAAAAAAGAAGGAACCUUGGGAGGAUGAAGGCUACUUAGUCCACCUCUCUAACUAAACCUAAUAAUACUAAUUACAUUAAUAAUCACUUUUCCUUCUCCCAUCCCAUGUCAUCCAGCAGUGCAGGAAGAGGAAGCAGGGGAAGAGGAAGGAAGAGCUAUGGUUUGUCCAAAGCCAUAGCAGGCUUCUUGUCCUCCUCCAAUUCAAGGGAGCCACCACCUCUCUCCUGCUCUGACCACUUUACCCCAAUGCUCAGAAUGAUCACCCUCAAGCUCCGCCGCCUCUGUUCCCUACACCGGUGGCCCCUCAAGCGCCGCCGAGCCAAGACGACUGUACCGAUCUAUAGAUUCGGCCGCCCAACGCAGGAAAGUGAAGCCGUCUGUGGCAGUCGUCAUCAGCCUGCGGUACGGACCGGUGACCUGAUUGGCGUCCCCGAAUCGACCAGGCCAAUUCGGCUUGCUACCUUCAACGCCGCCAUGUUUUCGAUGGCGCCUGCCGUCCCCAAGUCUGGGAGGUGUCUCGGAGCCGAGCAGGAGCUUGACAUGCGGUGCAAGGCGGCCAACGACAGGCCCAAGAGCAUAUUAAAGCAGCCGAGCUUGGCGAAGGCCAAGCUGAGGGUGUCCAUCAAUCUUCCCGACAACGAGAUCUCGGUGGAGAGGAGCAAGCAGUCGAGUUCACGGAGGCAAGUGGGCGAGGAGACGACCGCAGCGUGGAAAGGCAAAGCUCCUGUGUCUCACAGCUUUAGCAUGUCUGCCGUCCAUGGUCUGGGGAAGGAGCCGGAGAAACUGAGGGCCGACAGGAGCAUCUUAGAGGUUCUGAGAGAGGUAGGAGCCGAUGUGAUCGGACUGCAGAACGUGAAGGCAGAAGAGGAGAAAGGGAUGAAGCCGCUGUCGGACUUGGCGGAGGGGCUGGGCAUGAAGUACGUGUUUGCAGAGAGUUGGGCGCCGGAGUACGGGAAUGCGAUACUGUCCAAGUGGCCCAUCAAGCAGUGGAAAGCUGAGAAGAUCUUGGACGAUGCUGACUUCAGGAAUGUGCUGAAAGCCACCAUCGAGGUCCCCGGAGCAGGAGAAGUAGAAUUCCAUUGCACCCAUCUCGAUCACCUCGACGAGAACUGGAGGAUGAAACAGAUCAACUCGAUACUACGUUCCAGUGACCGACCUCACAUCCUGGUUGGCGGCCUCAACUCUCUUGAUGAAACAGACUACUCUGCAGAGAGAUGGGCGGAUAUCGUCAAGUAUUAUGAAGAAAUUGGGAAGCCAACGCCCAAAGUUGAGGUGAUGAAGUUCCUAAGGGGGAAACAGUACCUGGAUGCCAAGAACUUCGCAGGGGAAUGUGAAGCUGUUGUUGUCGUCGCCAAGGGGCAAGAUGUGCAGGGGACCUGCAAGUAUGGGACGAGAGUAGAUUACAUCCUAUCCUCACCAUACUCGCCCUACAAAUUUGUGCCUGGUUCUUACGGUGUGCUCUCAUCCAAAGGCACUUCGGAUCAUCACAUUGUGAAGGUGGACAUGGUGAUAGCUAAGACUGACGGGAGCAGCAGCAGCAGGCAUCAUCCAUGGAAACAGAGAGUUGUGAAGAUGGAUGCCUCCUCAUCCAAAGGAAUAUGGGAUACUGAUUUGUAGUUGUUCUCGUUCCUUCCUUCUUCGUUUUCCUGUUCAUAGAUUUUGACACGGUCUUCUUUUUUAGCUGUUGCUUGAUCAUGUAUUGGAUUAGAAGUGUGUGGUGUCACAGUACACGGGAAGCUGUAUUCUUUUGCUUCCGAAUAGAUACUGCCAUUGUUGGUC